AUGACAGAUCUGGAACGUAAGCUAUCGAAUCGAGCAUCGCGUGAUGUAUUAAUUAGGAGAGGCAUACUAAAAACUGCUUCAACUGAUUCGCCACAAAUGAGUCAAUCGAACAAGCGUAGAAUUAGGCGACGUGAAAAUGAAAUUAGUAAAAACAAUAUUGAUCAACCAAAACAAAAAUUUAUUUUUGUCGCAUCUAUCAACAAUGCAGACAAUAUAAGCAGCGAUUCUGAUCGGAGCUCAUCGGAUGAGAGUGGCUAUGAAGAUGAAGAAAUGCUCGUUGCAGUAGCUGGAUAUGAUCUGAAACAAAAGCGACAAUCAAUAGCUGAAGUUGGCACCGUCUUGACAAGGAGACUUAGUUUACGUCCUAGUCGUGAAGAACUGGAAGACCGUCAUAUCUUAUUGAAUUGUUCUAGCAAAGAAAAGAAGCAAGAGAUUGAAGAAACAAAGCAAGUAUUAACGAGGAGGUUAAGCAAUAGACCGUCUAUAACGGAAUUAAAAGCUCGAAAAAUUAUUCAAUUCAGUGAUUACGUCCAUCUGCUAGAUGUCGAUGAAUACGAUCGGAGAUCUGAUAAACCAUGGACAAGACUGACGUCAAAGCAAAAGGCUGCUAUUAGAAAGGAGUUAAAUGAGUAUAAAAGUACUGAAAUGCUUGUUCAUGAGGACAGUCGCCACUUAACCAGGGAACUUUUUGUCUCAUUGAGCAUUUUUGGUCUCGACUUUAUUAAUUAA